GAUUACAUUUAAACAUGGCGUAAGUCAUAUGAGUGCAAUUGACGUCUGUGCCUGUUAAAAAAUGGAAAUAAUGAGGCGUAGCAAGUCGUGAGGAGCUUGAUUUGCCUAGGAAACAACCCGGGACAAUACUUUGUUCUCCAAUUCCGCUGCUCUCGCCGAUAAAAACCCAACAAAGAUGUCGUCGGUGAAGGUGGCGGUCAGGGUGCGUCCCUUCAACAACAGGGAGACCUCGAGGGAAUGCACCUGCAUCAUCGAGAUGGCUGGAAACACCACAACUAUUUGCAACCCAAAGCUGCCCCCAGGAAGCAAGGAGGCAAUCAAGAGUUUCAACUUUGACUAUUCCUACUGGUCUCACGAUGAAAGUGACCCAGAAUUUAGUGGGCAGGACUUGGUCUAUAGUGAUAUUGGCGAGGAAAUGUUACAGCACGCGUUUGAAGGGUACAACGUGUGCAUCUUUGCCUACGGACAGACCGGUGCUGGAAAGUCAUACACGAUGAUGGGCAAACAGGAGGAGGGCCAGGAGGGGAUCAUCCCCAAAAUUUGCCUGGACCUCUUCAGCCGUAUAAAAUCAAACUGCUCGGAGGAAAUCAAGUACUCGGUCGAGGUCAGCUACAUGGAGAUCUACUGCGAGCGGGUGCGCGAUUUGCUCAACCCCAAGAACAAGGGUAACCUCAGGGUGCGUGAACAUCCUCUGCUGGGACCGUAUGUCGAGGACCUGAGCAAGUUGGCGGUCACAAAUUAUCAAGACAUUCACGACCUCAUUGACGAGGGAAACAAGGCUAGAACUGUCGCCGCCACAAACAUGAAUGAAACUUCAAGCAGGUCUCACGCAGUGUUCACUAUAUUUUUUACUCAGCAGCGAUAUGAUGCUGACACAUCACUCACCACUGAAAAGGUGAGCAAAAUUUCACUCGUGGACUUGGCUGGCUCUGAGAGAGCUGACUCGACCGGAGCAAAGGGAACUCGGCUGAAAGAAGGCGCAAAUAUCAACAAAAGUCUCACCACUCUAGGAAAAGUUAUCUCGGCUCUUGCUGAAAUGGCCACAAAGAAAAAGAAAAAGGCUGAUUUUGUUCCUUACCGUGACUCCGUUUUGACAUGGUUGCUCCGUGAAAAUCUUGGUGGCAACUCGAAAACUGCCAUGAUUGCAGCCAUUAGUCCUGCUGACAUCAACUACGACGAGACCCUAUCAACUCUGAGGUAUGCCGAUCGAGCCAAACAAAUUGUUUGCAAGGCUGUGGUCAACGAGGACGCCAACGCCAAGCUCAUCCGAGAACUCAAAGAGGAGAUAAUGCGGCUGAGAGACCUGCUCAAGGCCGAGGGCAUCGAGGUGCAGGAAGCAGGCCCUGAUGGCAAAGUGAUUUAUGAAAAAAGAGAGCCCAAUAAUAAUAACAGAGAGGAAGGCGAGACCAAGGUGAUAAAGCAUGAGGAUGGCGAGCGCAGCAACAAAGUUGCACCUGCGUCCUACAUUGCCGAGGAGGCUGUGGAUCAACUGCAGGCCAGUGAGAAACUCAUUGCAGAGCUUAAUGAGAGCUGGGAGGAUAAAUUGAAGCGAACCGAGUCCAUCAGACUGCAGAGAGAAGCUGUUUUUGCUGAGAUGGGUGUUGCUGUGAAAGAAGAUGGAAAAAUGGUGGGGGUAUUCUCGCCUAAAAAGACGCCUCAUCUCGUGAAUCUGAACGAAGACCCCUUCAUGUCCGAAUGCUUGCUGUAUUACAUCAAAGACGGACUGACUAGGGUCGGUACUGCUGAUGCUGAUGUGCCACAGGACAUCCAGCUGAGCGGCCCUCACAUUAAGGGCGAGCACUGUUUGUUCGAAAAGAGGGGAGCCAUCAUUUCCCUGAUGCCAAUGCCAGGCGCGUUGUGCUACGUCAAUGGAAGGGAAAUUAAAGAAGAGGCCACAAUUCUCCAGACUGGCUCGAGGGUCAUCCUCGGCAAGAACCACGUCUUCAGAUUUAACCACCCUGACCAAGCUCGUGAGAGACGUGAGAACUGUGAGAAGAGAGAGAUCAGCGAGGCUCAGAAUCAGAACUCCCCGGUGGAGACCCCCAAAGAUGCUGAGAAUGUUGACUGGGACUUUGCCCAAGUGGAGCUGCUGGAGAAGCAGGGUAUUGAUCUGAAGAUAGAGAUGGGGAAGAGGCUGGUAGUAUUGGAGGAGCAGUUUAAGCGGGAAAAGGAAGAGGCAGAUCAGUUGUUUGAAGAACAGCGAAAGACUUACGAAGCUCGAAUAGACGCUCUUCAGAGACAGGUCGAAGAGCAAAGCAUGACCAUGUCAAUGUACAGCUCAUACACCCCAGAGGACUUCAACGUUGAAGAGGAUAUUUUCGUGAAUCCUUUGUUCGACGUAGCUUGCAACUGGGGCGACCGAGAAUACCAGCUUGCUGCGUGGGCGUACAGAAAAUGGAAGUUCCAUCAGUUUACUUCCCUCAGAGAUGACCUUUGGGGCAAUGCCAUCUUCCUCAAGGAAGCCAACGCAAUUUCUGUUGAGCUCAAAAAGAAGGUUCAAUUCCAAUUCACCUUGCUUACGGACAGCUUGUAUUCUCCGCUGCCUGCUGAUCUCAUGCCUCCUGAGGAUGAAGAAGAGGAAGAACGCCCGGUGGCCCGCACCAUCGUGGCGGUGGAAGUGCAGGAUCUGAAGAACGGCGCCACCCACUACUGGACUCUAGAGAAGUUGCGCCACCGGCUAGAGCUGAUGCGGCAGAUCUACAACCAAGAGCUGCUAAGCCCCACCACACCCGAUCAGCCGCGGGAGGAUUUGUUGCAUUGCUUGGCCGCAUGUGCCAAUCAGAAGUUCUCCCUUACUAAUCUCUUGCCUUCGAGGCUGGCGCUUGCCAACAAAAUUCAACGCCUUGAGUUGAUGCGAGAGAUGUACCACAAUGAAGCAGAGCUUUCCCCAACGUCGCCAGACUACAACGUGGAGAACUUGACCGGUGGUGAUCCUUUCUACGACAGAUUCCCGUGGUUCCGAAUGGUGGGCCGGGGCUUCGUGUACCUCAGCAACCUGAUGUACCCUGUUCCACUGAUCCACAAAGUGGCCAUUGUAAACGAGAAGGGUGACGUCAGGGGUUGGCUCAGGGUUGCUGUUCAGGCAGUCCUAGAGGACAACAGUGAGUAUGCUAGUGGAGUGCGCCAGUCAGCCAGAAUUGCAUUUGACGAAGAAGUCCAGAAGCCCAAAAGAACUGUCAGCCACCAACUGGAGCCUGUAAAGUUAGAAGGUGAGAAUUUCUCGAGACAAAACUUAGGAAAUUCUGUUCAUGAUACAUCAUUUUCAGAAAUAGAUGGCAAUGACUGCGACAGUGGCCGUGGAGACAGUUCCGUCUCCUCAGAUGCCAAGGAUGAAGAGUUGCCUGACCACCUGACAGUGGGACGAGAGUUCACCUUUAGGGUGACAGUGCUGCAGGCAGUAGGCGUCUCCACAGAAUAUGCUGACAUAUUCUGUCAGUUCAAUUUCCUUCAUCGUCACGAUGAGGCUUUCUCUACUGAGCCCGUUAAGAAUACUGGAAAGGGCACUCCGCUUGGAUUCUAUCAUGUUCAAAAUAUUACUGUGACCGUGACAAAGCCAUUCCUUGAGUACAUUCGAACACAGCCUAUUGUGUUUGAGGUCUUUGGCCACUAUCAACAACACCCUCUGCACAAAGUGGCCAAGCAAGAUUGUUGUAACGCCUUUAGUGGACGCCAACCACCGCGCAGAAUGCUGCCACCGCACAUCCCCAUCAGCCAGCCUGUGAGGUCACCUAAGUUUGGAGCACUGCCUUCGCCCAGCACCAGCCAUGUGCACGCCAAGUACGAUGUGCUUGUCUGGUUUGAAAUUUGCGAGCUUGCUCCUAGUGGCGAGUACGUGCCCUGCGUUGUAGAGCACAGCGAUGACCUGCCAUGCAGAGGUCUUUUCUUGCUGCAUCAGGGUAUCCAGCGUCGUCUCCGUAUCACUAUUGUCCAUGAGCACGCUGCCGAGCUGAGGUGGCGUGAUGUUCGCGAGCUUGUUGUAGGCCGCAUUAGAAACACACCUGAACCCGAGGAGGAGGACAAUGACAGCUCAGUGCUGUCCCUUGGCUUAUUCCCAGGAGAGAUCAUUGAAAUCCCUGGAGACGACCGACAGAUGUUCCGGUUCGAAGCAGCCUGGGACUCGUCGCUGCACAACUCUCCUCUUCUUAACAGGGUUACUGCUAAUGGAGAGCACAUUUUCAUGACUAUUUCUGCAUAUAUGGAGUUGGAGAAUUGUGGACGUCCGGUGAUUGUCACCAAGGACCUUAGCAUGGUUUUGUACGGCCGAGAUGCAAGGACUGGACCGCGUUCGCUGAAGCAUCUGUUCAGCGGUAACUACAAGAACACUGAAGCCAACAGACUGUCUGGAGUGUAUGAGCUUGUUUUGAAGCGUGCUUCAGAAGCAGGUAGCCCAGGAGUGCAAAGGCGUCAGCGCCGAGUGCUGGACACAAGCUCCACAUAUGUGAGGGGCGAAGAGAAUCUGCAUGGCUGGAGACCUCGAGGUGACUCGCUCAUUUUCGACCACCAAUGGGAACUGGAAAAACUGACAAGGCUGCAGGAGGUUGAGAAGGUUAGGCAUCUUCUUCUGCUGAGGGAGCGCCUCGGCAUUGACCGCCAGCCGCAACGUACACACGAGCUGAACAAGUCCGAGAAGGAGGUGUGCAACAUGGUUGCUAAGGCCACAAACGAGGGUCGCAUGAGUCCAGGGCCGCCUGUGACCAUGGUUCGCUCGCCUAGUAAAGAUGUCUAUGAACCGUGGCAAAUGACCGACAAGGAGCGUGAACUUACCCAGAAGUGCGUGCGACUCAUCCAGGGCAGGUCAAUGAAGGAGCUGCCCGAAACCAAGCAGGGAGAGGCCUCUCCCAUGGAUGAAACUUCAGACAUGAGCUGCAGCAUGAUGUCCAUGGCCUCCAGCGUCUCACAAGAAGGACUGUCAAAACGUUUGCUCUACCUGCCUAUUCGCCCACACAUAUUGUCAUGGCUGCCUUCUCCUGAAAAGCUGCCGCGUGCUGCGUUGCCUGACCCACUGGAUAGUCCUUUGGGAAGUCCCAACUCGGGUCUGGUGCUGUACGUGCCUGAGAGCGAGGAGAUCAGGGUGAGUCCUGUCGUCUCCAGGAAAGGCUACCUCAAUAUUCUCGAGGAGAAGACCAAUGGUUGGAAGAAGAGAUGGGUGGUGGUGAGGAGGCCUUACGUGUUCAUAUUCAGAGACGAGAAGGAUGCCGUUGAGCGGGGCCUCAUUAACCUUGCUACGGCGCAGGUCGAGUACUCUGAAGACCAGCAGGCUAUGGUCAAAGUUCCCAACACAUUCAGCGUUGUAACCAAGCACAGAGGCUACCUGCUGCAGACUCUGACGGACCGUGAGGUUCAUGACUGGUUGUACGCGAUAAACCCCCUGCUGGCCGGACAGAUCCGGUCCAAACUGGCACGUCGAAGGCCGCUGCCUGCCAGCAACCCUCCCCCAGUCCCCAUCCCUGCCAAGUGAUUGGAGAGGAGUGAGCCAGCAGAGUGAAUGCAAGCAAGCACGAGCAAGCCGCAUUGAAUAUAAACCUAAAUUAAGAUGGUUAAUUAAGAAAAAAAAAUUAAUUAAUUACAAAACUACACUGAAAAAGAGGAUAAAAAUCACUGUACGCCCCAUUUCGUUGCUGAAGCUUGAAAAUCACAUGCUUGUCCAAUACGGUUGAUGUUUUCUGUUUCUAGUCGCUUACCCGCGAGACGCUGCUUUCUCUUUUUAUUUCUUUUCUGUGAUCUGGAGAAAGCUUUGUUAUUGUUUUCACAAUUCUGAUAAUUUAUCCUGAGUUGAGUAAAUGUAAUUAUCGUUGAUGUACACCUAAAGCUUCAAGACGUCGGAGCUUGCCAGUCUGUUCAUUCUUGUAAAUACGGUUUGAAGAGAUUAUUGGCAUUGUAGGCUGAUAUUUUUAUUUCAAGGAAUGAUGCUGUCUGAGAGAUGAGUGGUCAGUCAAAGAUUCUCUAAUUAAUAGAAAUUAUGUCUUUUUUAAAUCUAUAUAUUUAUUUACAAAAACUUUUGAAUCUCUAAUUGAUUUUUUAAAUUUGCCAGAAAGUUUUAUUCCUUUAAAUCGUUGUGACUAAAUUUUUUCAAAUCUCGUUUUUGUCAGUAAAUUGUUUUAUCCAAACUGGACUGGCCACUGAUAGAGCGAGUGAUUAUUGCCUCUUAAUUUGAGCACUGCGCGCAUACUAAACGCCAAGACAACCACGCAAAAAGAAAAAAAACAAGAAAUAUCCAAAGAUAAAAAUUGAUCUCAUGUAACUGCAAAACUACUACUGCUUGUAUUUAACUCUUAACAUGUGUAUGUAUAGCACCAAGUAUUAUCUCACUAUGAUGUAUCUGAUAAGAGGUGGAGAGAGUCGAUGGGACAGGCACUAGUAGCCUCGGUGCGCACUACAUGCUCUUGUCCGCAGUCAAGAUUUUUGCAAAUUGGAUCAAAAUAUAAGAAAACCCGCAAAAUCUUAAUACAUUCCAAUCAACGGGAAUCUCAAUAAUUAUUUGUGACACGGAAUUAUACCGAUCUGGUUGUAUCUUUGGAGCAGCUGAUAAUUUUUAGAUUUUUUAUGUAAUCUUAAGAAAUUUGACCAGAUUCUCUUAUGUUUGUUUCAUUUCAGCGCAAUCGUGUUUCAAUCUGAGCUCCGUGAUAUUAUGUAUUAGUCUCCUCUGUAAGUGUCACACCCCAAAUUGCAAAAAUGUUAUUAAUUAUCAUGAUUGUUUCAUUGGCAAAAUUCAAAAAUAAAGCUCUAGGAUAUAUAUGAUUUGAAAGCA